AGAGCUUCAGUAACUAGCGCCGUGAAGGAGACCUAGAACAUGUAUAUCUAGCGUCGUUUGAAAUUUCUAUUUGACUCCUCAUUUCUACUACCUUCUAGCACUCGUCGCUAGGAUGGCGUCGAAACGUAUUGUUGUUGCAGGCGGAAGCGGGUUUUUGGGAUCUAGAAUAUGCAAACAUGCUUCCGUUCGAGGGUGGGCCGUUACAUCUCUGAGCCGUUCAGGGGAGCCCCGAUGGGAUACAGUAACAGCUUCGAAGGAGAAGCCAGGCUGGGCGGACUCGGUGGAAUGGGCAAAGGCCGAUAUUUUGAAGCCUACGACAUACAAGCCGUUUUUGAAAGAUGCGACAGCGGUCGUGCAUACAAUGGGAAUCAUCCUGGAGGCGGACUACAAGGGCGUUGUGCAAGGCAAGGAGUCGAUUGUUAGCGGCUUACAAAGAGCGUUUAGUUCGACAAAACUGGGAACUCAGGACCCUUUGAAGCGAGGAUUGGGUGACGAGCUACGACCUCAAGAAAGAGACGGUCAAUUGACGUAUGAAGUAAUGAAUAGAGACACAGCCAUCGCAUUAGCACAGGAGAGCUCCCAAGAACACGUUCCAACGUUUGUCUAUAUAUCAGCUGCUGCGGGAGCGCCGCUUCUUCCGGGUAGAUACAUCACAACAAAAAGGGAAGCCGAAGCAAGGAUAUCAGCGACAUUUCCCAGCUUGCGAAGCAUCUUCAUUCGACCAGGUUUCCUAUACGACUCCAGCAGAAAAUUCACGUUGCCGAUCGCCGUGGGCGGUAUGAUCGGUUCAGAAAUCAACGCUGUUCUUGGCGGACGCCUCCAGCGCUUCACUGGUUCCAUGACGGAAAAGCCUCUUAAGGCUGAUAUUGUGGCACAGGCAGUAGUGGAGGCAAUUGACGAUGAAUCAACAAGUGGCGUGGUUGGAACAAAGAAAAUCGAGAGUUUGGCGACAAAGGCAUGGCGGAAGACCAUGCUUUGAGUCGGCCACGUCGGCUUUCUAACAAGUAACGUCAAGACAAGUCGACAAUAUGGUCGUAGUCUAUGAGAAGUAAAACUGCUACUUCAAAGUGCAGUACCCCGCUCGAAACUAUCUCUAAUUUCUCUCGUGUACUAUAGCAUUAUUAGCAAACUAUUAUAAAAUAGAAGGCACUCCGUGACUGGCGAGCUUACCUUAUCGUAAAAUCGAG